AGCACGAGCGUUUUGAUCCCGUGAGUUGGUGUGUCGCUGCUUUCUUCCUUCUGCGCCAAGCUGCGAGCCAUCGUUGCGUCCGACAAGUUGAGAGUUUUUUUUUUAAGUGCUUCGCCUCUCCUACAUUCACAACUGACGCUACGGGAACAUCAUGGCUGAGAGCAAGGGCGCGUUAAUCGCGAAAACAGUACAGAAACACGCAGGCAGAGCGAAAGAGAAGUUUCUUCAGAAUCUGGGCAAGGUUGAUCGAACCGCGGACGAUAUAUUCGAUGAACAUCUGCAGAACUUCACGAGGCAGCAGAACUCUGCCAACAAACUGCAAAAGGAGUUCAACAAUUACAUCAGGUGUGUUCGAGCGGUGCAGGCCGCCUCAAAGACGCUUAUGGACUCGCUGAAUGAGAUCUACGAGAGUCAAUGGACCGGACACGAUCUGUUGUACGUGCAGGCACAAAAUCUUGACAUGCUGUGGCAAGAUUUCACUCACAAACUUAUGGACCAGGUUCUUGUACCACUCAACACGUAUCAAAGUCAAUUCCCGGAGAUGAGGAAAAAGGUCGACAAACGCGGACGCAAACUGGUGGAUUACGACAGUCAGAGACACAACUUCCAGUCGUUACAGGGUAAUCCAAAGAAGAGGGACGAACUCAAAGUAUCCCGAGGGAAGGAGCUAUUAGAAGAAGCAAAACGUACAUAUGAACAACUGAACUCCGAAUUGCACGACGAAUUACCAGCAUUAUACGACUCACGCGUUCUUUUCCUCGUCACAAAUUUGCAGACGCUUUUCGCUGCGGAACAAGUGUUUCAUACUGAAAGUGCCAAGGUAUAUUCCGAAUUAGAAGCAAUCGUUGAUAAAUUGGCUAAUGAAAGUCAGCGAGGAUCUUACACGUUGAAGAAAAUUACGGAACCGCAAUCACCGAAGUCACCUAACGCGAACUCAUCCCUAAUAAUUAACACGCAACCGGCGCAGAACAAUAUCUCAGGAGCUUUAGAUACCGCGCCCGUUGCCAGAGACACGUCGCCGACCACCCAGAUAAACGGCAACGCUAACAGCAACGCUAAUAGCAACGCUAAUAGCAAUGAUAAUUCUCUCAAUAAUCAGGAUGCGUCGCCGCAGAACGCAGUCGCGCCUUCCAAAGUCGAGGAACUGUAUGAUAUUCCAGUCGGGGCGACAACAGACAACCUGCCGCCGGGCGUUUUAUACAGGGUUAAAGCCACUUACAAGUACAGUCGCGAGGAUGUGGACGAGUUAUCGUUCGAUGUUGGCGAGAUUAUUCGCGUGGUGGAAUACGACGAUCCCGAAGAACAGGAAGAAGGCUGGUUAAUGGGUAUCAAAGAAGGCACCAAUGAAAAGGGUAUGUUCCCGGGAAACUUCACGAAACCGCUGUGAAAGCUGUGCUCGAUUCGCCAUUUACACUCCAAUGCUCAUCAGAGACAGCGUAUUUUACUUUAAAGUAGUUAAAGAGUCGCGUAAUUAAGUGGGAGAUAAAGAGCCGCGCGGUCAUGCGAGAAUAAUAUUACGUUCGGCGUAUAUAGGUAAAAGCAAACGGAGAGGAAAAAAAGCAGGCGACAAGCGUUGCAGGAGGAAUAUGGAGAAGGAGCGGGGAGAAUUCGAUAAGAUAGUUAUGCUGGAGGGUACUGCGGAGAGAAUCUAUCACCCCAAAGUGCCUUAACCCAGCCACUGUCUGUGCCAACAUUCACUCUUAUUCGUCAAAAAUAUAUGGGAUUGACCCUCUCAUAUCAAACGUACGAUACACAUCACGAAUAAUAAUCAAACGACGUAUUUAAGCGACUAAAUAAUAUAUUGUAACACGUAUACACAACAAAACACACUACAUAUACAUGCGAGAUACACAACGAUAUGCAAUAUUAUAUAAUAUAAAACGAAAUCUAUAUAUUAAAUUAAUAUUAUUUUAUGAAACUGUACAUAGAUCUAUAUAUACGAUUUAAGAAUAUUUUAAUAACUUUAUGGCCACUGGAAAAUUAUUACUAAGAGACGUACAUCUUCAAGUUUAAAAACACGCGCGCCACUUCAGAAAAUCCCCUUCUGCCAUUUAAUGGGAGGGGCGAUCAUAAAAUUUUUAAGGUCCAACUACCUGUCUGCAUUCGUAAGGUAAGAUUCUAUACUAUUUACUCGCCUACAGUUCGAAAGUCUAGUGAUAGCUCCCAUUAAAAUCUCGCCACGAUUCGCGCGCGCGCGCGCGCAUGCCAAAUUUUUCAACGACGUAACAAUAGAUAUCGAAAAGAUUAUACGUGAGAGAAUUAAAUAUUACAAUGUAUAAAUGAGAUGGAAAUAUAGCUUUUAUGUAUUUAUGAUUGAUAGUUUUUUUUUUGUUGUUUCUCCGCUUUUUUGAGAAUCGCGAACUUUUAU